GCGAAUUGGUAUUAUUGCAGUGCUACAGUCCCCUCGGUGUUGUGUGCUUUACUGCUUCACGAGAUCCCUCACCCGCUGUUCCCGCACCAAUCAACGCCGUCCGUCCGUCUUCUAGCCGCCUUCCACGCAUCUUCCCCCUCCAGACGGCUUAGUCAAGACCGAGGCUACGCCGAUGCCCGCCGAGGUCGCGAAUCAGAGACCUGCCCGAGGUUGUCUGAACAUUGUACGGCGCAGUCAUUCAUUCAUUCCCGUUUCAUGGCGUUCUCUUGUGCUUCAGAAAGGGUACGUCCUCUAUCAUGAUUCAAAGGAAAAAGAAAAAAAGAAAUCAAAAAGGAUAUUGCAUGUGAUCCUUCUCUUCUCCCCAGAAUCCAUGCAUGGUACCAAUUCCCAUUCCUCAUCCUCAUCAAUCAUACAUUACCUACCUACCAGAGACAAAUACGCCUACGCCUACGCCCGUAACCAUAAUCAUCCAUCCAUCCAUACCUCUAUGUCCCCUCGUACAGAGGAACUCAAGACAAAUUCAUCAAUCAAUCAAUCAAUCAAUCAACCAAACACCACGAGCAGCCCCCCAGCAUCCAUCCAUCCAUCCCACUCACUCCUUUGCGACCAUGUCUCAUGUCUCAGCACUCAACCAUCCCACGCGCUCGCCAUGUGCUGUCGUGCCAGUAUCAGUAUGUGUCAGAUACGGAUCUGGAAUCUGGAUACUACGUGCCAUCGCGAAACAGGGGAACUGCCUAUUUGAGAACAAAAAACGAAGGGGGGGUAGUUCUCGUGG